AUGGCUUGGAGAGCUCCCGACAAUCUGAGAUUCUACAUACAGGAAGCACGCCUCGUGUCUAUCAAUUUGAGCUCAUCUCAGCCCAGCGUUGAUGCCGCUUUACACGCUCUUCCCCGCCGAUACAGAAAACUGAGAGCAAUCCAUCCACUUCGGCUCGCCCUCUUCAACGAGUAUUGUCAAGAAUGGACAGACGAAUUUGUUCCAUGCGUUUCGCUUGGUGAGGAAGACGAGGAUAAAGAGACGGGUGAGCGCUUCACGGUGCCGUGCCCACCUUUCUAUCAAGUUCCGUCUAUCAGCCUCGCCCGGGCUGAUAGCCUCAAACGAUUGUUCACGUGGAUAGAUCUUCUUCCACUGGAAUCCGUGCGACGAGCUGUGCAUCUCCUCUACCCUGAGACAAAAGCCUGGUCCUUUGCUUCUGAUGCAGAUGAUCCGGAUCAUGCCAUCUUCAAAUGUAUAACAUGGUCCCGGGUAGUGGCUCACGACGACGAGCGGCAUUGUCGGAGUGCCAUGAGCAUAUUCAUCCAGCCACCUUGGGUCCUCUCUGUCUGCGAUCUUGAGCUAUUUUGCAAACGCCAAUCAGUAUGGGCGGCUAACAAUAUCGAAGCAUUCGUUGCUGACUUAUGUCACCAGUUCUUUGGAUCAUCCUCGUCGCCGUCGACCGAGCUUCUUCAUGAGCGGCCUACCACACCUCAUGAAAGGCUAUGGUACAAGCUAUGGGACUGUUGUAUCACUAGAAGCUGUCCAUGGUUUGUCGUAAGCACUUACACGCAUUGGGUCUUUGGAGUAUUCUCGAACGGGUGGACUGCAGCGUUUGUCUCUCCAGUGUAUAGCCAUGACUCUCACGACCCAUCUGUUUUGCAACUCCUGCUGUUCUGGCUUUGUUCAGCGAUGGGAUUCUCUGGAGGUUGGGUGGUCCCAGAAGUUCGCAUCGAACCAGCUUAUCCUAGUCAUCAUCUCACGGCCUCAGUCUCCGAUCUCGCCGCUGGACCACUGAUAAGUCGACAUCUGCCCUCUGGGCCGGAGAUGACUAGAUCCGCGUCAUUCGAUUCUAUUUGA